CCGUCCCCGCAACGAGCUUUGGGACUCCCUUUAAACGAUCCACCUUUGACUUCAUCAGGACAAGCCUUUGGGUUCGGUGAGAUCUCUCCAAGCUGCGAGAAUGUCCUCCUCGAUCAAAUCUGCUGGCGUCAUCACCUGCAAAGCUGCGGUGGCAUGGGGACCAGAGCAACCACUGGUGCUGGAGGAGGUGGAGGUCGACCCGCCGAAGGCGUCGGAGAUCCGCGUGAAGGUGGCCUGCACUUCCCUCUGCCGCAGCGACCUCACCCAGUGGCAAUCUCAGGCGCAGCCCGAUCUUUUCCCUCGCAUCUUCGGCCACGAGGCUUCCGGGAUUGUGGAGAGUGUAGGAGAGGGCGUGACGGAGUUCAAGGAGGGGGAUCAUGUGCUCACGGUGUUCAUCGGAGAAUGCCAGAGCUGCAAACACUGCACGUCUGGGAAGAGUAACAUGUGCCAGAAGCUGGGGUUAGAGAGGAGGGGCGUCAUGCACAGCGACCAGAAGACUCGGUUCCGGGUGAACGGGAGGCCUAUUUACCAUUACUGCGCCGUGUCGAGCUUCAGCGAGUACACGGUGGUGCACUCUGGUUGUGCUGUCAAGAUUAGCCCCAGCGUGAGGAUGGAUAGGGCAUGCCUUCUUAGUUGCGGCGUGGCUGCAGGCAUCGGAGCUGCUUGGAAUGUUGCUGAUAUAUCAAAAGGUUCAACUGUAGUAAUUUUUGGUCUUGGCACUGUUGGCCUUUCAGUAGCACAAGCUGCCAAAUCAAGAGGGGCUUCUCGGAUAAUCGGAGUGGACAUAAAUCCAGAAAAAUAUGAAAAAGGAAAGGCUUUUGGUGUAACCGAAUAUAUCAAUCCGGAUGAGUGCAAAGAGCCUAUUCAGCAGGUUAUUAAACAGAUCACUGAUGGAGGGGCAGAUUAUUCUUUUGAAUGUGUUGGCGACACUAGUAUAGUAUCAACAGCCUUACAAUCAUGCUGUGAUGGUUGGGGAAUGACUGUGACUCUAGGUGUACCAAAAACCAACCCUGUGGUUUCAACUCAUUAUGCUUUUCUUCUCAUGGGAAGAACUUUGAAGGGUUCUUUAUUUGGAGGAUGGAAACCGAAGUCUGAGCUUCCAUUGUUAGUCGACAAAUAUAUGAAAGGCGAAAUCCAAUUGGACGAACUUGUUACACAUGAUAUAACAUUUGCAAAUAUUAAUGAGGCAUUCAGCCUGAUGAGAGAAGGGAAAUGCUUGCGUUGUGUGAUUCAUAUGCCAAAGUAAUUGUCGGUAUGAUAGUAUGCAGCUGGUAAUGCCUAUCUCCAAUCUGGAAUGGGAAAUAAUUGCUGCCUUUCACAGUGGAUUUAGUUCUGGUAAAUUUUUUUAGAUUGUUUAUGAAAACACAGCUUCUGAGCUACCAGUAGAUUAAGCUCUGUUGACUAUCGAUGUCCAUCCUCAUCUUGUAUGUGCUCUGUGUUGAUGGCAAGUACAUCAGAGAAUGGUGCAAAGAGAUGAAAGCCCUCCACAUUUUUCUCACUGAUUCUUCCUUUUAUUUCCCGUGAA